AUGCAACAGCCACUUAGUGACAAGGCAACGCCAGGCUCCCAGCUGGGCUUCACUGCAGCCCAGCAAGACAGGCCCCCUGCUGUUAUUACCCUUCUCUGGUUCUUCCCCCUGCUCGUGAAAGGGAGCCAGAAGUGUGAACUGAAUUGCCGAGCGGUGGGCUACCGUUUUUACGUCAGGCAAGCUGAGACGGUCAUCGACGGGACGCCUUGCGACCAAAACGGAACGUCCAUCUGCGUCUCCGGUCAGUGUAAGAGCAUUGGUUGUGACGACUAUCUGGGCUCAGAUAAAGUUGUGGAUAAGUGUGGCAUCUGCGGAGGAGACAACACAGCCUGCAACGUUGUGUCGGGAAUCUUCCAGCACCCCUUGACCAACCUCGGCUACCACAAAAUAGUCGAAAUCCCAGAAGGUGCCACGAAAAUCAACGUCACGGAGAUGUCAAAGAGCAAUAACUACUUGGCCCACGUCAAUUGUUACCAAACAUCCCCUGUAACAGCUCUUGUGAGGCAGGUGGAGCUGAGAGAGUUCUGA